UAGAUGCGCGCGCAGGUACCGGAGAGCUAGCCGCCGUGUUGAAGAAGCAGACUGGAUCACCCUGCAGGACUGGACGCGGCAGUCGGCAACGCUCUUGUAUUUUCACUGUGCAAACCGCUGCAGUCUACUGGUUGGUGUCAGUGUUCUCCGCCCUUCCCUGCCGUUGCCCGCACCUGCACAUAGUAUGGAAGAGGUCUUUUGUGGCAGCGUUGAAGUGUGACAAAUAAGUGCAAAGCAAGUGCGGCUGCCUAGUAAUUGAGAGCUUAUAAGGUUACCUUGAUCCCUGCCCUCCGACCCCACCUCACCCUCGCGUGACACCAGGUUUAUAAUGAGUGGAGGUGGGGACGGAUUGGAGUCUGCGUCCCUUGUGCGUCACGGCAGCACCGCUGGACGCAGCUACAUGUCUGAAACAGGCGUGCAGCGUGAGGGUGGCUCGGGGCGAGGCGGCAGCGGGCCCGGCGCAGCGGCUGGAGCAGCUGGUACUGGUCGAGAUAAUGUGGAAGCGAGUGACGAGCUUGAUUAUGUGGAGAGUGACGCCCCACUCCUCUCACAGUUCCACGAAGAUGCCAUUCAGCAGGCUGGCACAGGGGCCUUCCAGCGGCUGCUUCUGUUGAUUGUGGGUUUAGGUCUGGCCGCUGACACCAUCGAACUCUUUGUGGUGGCGUACGUCAUUCCUUCAGCUGAAGUGGAAUUAUGUAUGUCUGGCACGGAAAAGGGAUGGCUGGCUGCCAUUACCUUCAUUGGGAUGAUGAUAGGAGCCAUGAUCUGGGGCAGCCUGAGUGACAGUGUGGGCAGACGGCGGGCUCUACUGUCAGCUUUAUUUGUCAACGCCUUAUUUGGCAUCAUGACAGCUUUCAUGCCUACUUAUGGAAACUUCAUGACAACAAGACUUUGCUCUGGCAUUGGAAUUGGUGGUGGAAUUCCCAUUGUCUUUGCGUACUAUUGUGAAUUCGUGACACAAGCAGAGCGGGGACGCCAGCUGUCAUGGCUGCUGGUGUUCUGGGCAAUAGGAGGAGUAUUCACAGCACUCAUGGCGUGGAUCAUUAUACCCAGAACAGGGAUCACAGUGGUGUUGGAUGAGGAACUUCACUUCAGUUCGUGGCGCAUCUUUCUUGUGGUGUGCUCGUUACCUUCUUUUGCUGCUGUCAUUGGUCUCUACCACAUGCCUGAGUCUCCCCGAUUCUUACUGGAGAAAGGUCGAGAAGUUGAAGCCAUGAUGGUAUACAAGAAAAUUUUCAAGUGGAAUAAUGCACAUAAUCCAGGAGCAGAAUACCAGAUAACUGAGCUGGAACUUCCUUCUGGAACACAACGGCCUCUGCGACACAGCAAUUCUCCCCAGGGAACUGCCAAGAACUUUGGUGCUGACAUUACACAUGGUCUCGAAAAUUCAAUGGGGCUUUUUCUCCAGUUAUUCAUGCCACCUUACUUCAAGACCACAAUCCUGCUCCUCUUUGUGUGGCUUGCUUCAUCUUUUGGGUUCUACGGUCUUUCAGUAUGGUUUCCUGAAUACAUCAAACUUGUAACAAUUGAAGAAUAUAAUAAAAAUGCUACACUCAUCAAUAAUACCAGAUAUGAAGACCAUCUCUUUAACAACACACGUCUAGAUAACAUUCAUUACUACAAUGUUGAAUUUGAGAACGUCACCUUCAAGAAAACUGUCCUCAACCAUGUAUGGUUCCUUAACUGUACAUUAAACAACUGCAUUUUCUCUGACAUUAGGAGCAGCAAAACUUUUUUCCAGUAUUCUGUCCUACAUCAAAUCAAUUUUACUGACACGGACAUGCAUCCUUACCGUUUCCCUGAUUGUGAGAUGGACAACAUUACGUUUCAUGGCCUUGCUCCGGGCUGUCAGUUGGAUUUUGAUUACAACAUUCAUUACAAGGAAAUUUUCCAAGAAAACCUAAUUGGGCAAUUGACAAUGAUCCCAGGCACUCUUGCAGCAUCUCUCUUCAUGGACAAGCUUGGUCGAGUAAAGGUUAUGAGUAUCUCCUUGACUUUAUCAUCAAUAUCUGCAUUUUUUAUUUGGUUUCUCAAGAGCAAGACAGGAGUCAUAGUAUUUGAGGCUGUGUUCAACUUUAUUUUCAUAUCCGGUUGGAAUGGAUUAGAUAUUGCCACAACUGAAGCUUUCCCGACACACAUCAGAACAACUGCCUAUGGAUUCCUCAGUGCUGCAUCACGCAUUGCUGGAGUUUUAGGAUCACUUUGGUUUGGUCAUUUUAUCUACUCAAGUCAAGCAAUUCCUAUGCUCACAACCAGUGUUGUUCUCCUAAUAGGAGCUUUAUUCUCUCUUAAACUUAAGGAAACAAAAGACAAUCUUGUUUAAAUAAUAAAUGAAGUCAGUUUUGGAUGAAAAGAAAGCACUACAUAGUGGAAUGUCAAAAUGAUUGGCAAUUUGAGAAGUAUUGUUAGAAAUUAUGGAAAAAAUUAUAUUUAUAUAUAUUUACAUUUGAAAAGUCAGUAUUUGUGUGGGUAAAUACUUGGCAGGUUUCUAAAACACAGAUCACUUACAUUCAUCUGUCUUUUAUGUUUUCAUGAGUGCUAGGCAAUGUCAUGAGAUAAUUCACAAGGUAGGUGCACUGUUGAUUUGAGCACCAUAAAAUUUAUCUGCUGCUGCUGCAGCUUCAUCUCAUAACUAGAAAUUAUAUAUGUCAGGUCCAUAUUAAAAAUAGAUAAUGAAUAACAAGUAAUGAAAGUUUGUGAGGAGGAAACAUGACAUGUUUUCAUGACUUAGAAUUGAUAUAAGUGAAAACUUACAAAGUAAUAGUUAGUAUUUCAGUGAAAUUAUAUGAAAAGAGUUGGUAUUUCAAUUCUUUUCCAAACUAUGUAUGUGAGAAUUAUAUGUCAGGUGUUAAUGUAAAUGUGGCAUGACUUCCGUGACCAUGAUUCACUAUGAAUAGUAUAAUAAUGAAAGUUUUAUACCUUCAUCAUUGGUUAACAUGUUUUUUUUUUAUGAACAAUAGGAUCCCUCCAUUACUACUCUUCUUCCCUCUUCAAAAAUUAUUGAAGGCAUUAACAGGCCAGUUAACCAAUUCAUGCAGCCUACACAAAUUUACUUUUUAGGAAACUACUGAAGUGAGCCAGAAGGCAUCAAGAUGAAGAAAGGGCAUUCAUAUAAUAUACACCUCACCUUUAAUCAGUGUGGAUCUUUAAUUAGUUAAUGUCUUGGUGUGGAAUUGCUCCAUAGUCAUGAAAGGGAGUGUUUGAGAUACUCAUACACAUGUUAUCAACCAAUCUAUAAUGACCUACCAUAGUUUUUUUUUACUAACUCAUCACAAUAUUUUUCUUUUAUAGGUAAAUUUUUAGUGUUUUGAGAUGCUGUAUAUAUUUAAACAUAGUUUUUCUUUUUUGGGUUCCCUAUUUGGUAGCAUUUUCUUAGACAAGACCAACUAGACGUGGGUACACAAAAUAGAGAUUAUUUAUAAAUAUAUCUACAAGUGAAUACCAAAUUCACCAGAAACCUAUUCUUAUUCUCUUUGUUAAUGAAAAGAGCAGGUAAAGGCAUAUUGUGGCUUUUCCAAGGGUGCGGUGGUUAACUAUUUUCUCCUGGAAUUGUUUUGGUAAUGUUGCUAUUUCUUUCCUCAAUGCUUCAUAUGUAAUGUUUUUUUUUUUUUUCUCCUAACUUUGCAUUCUUUACAACAAAUUUUCAUUGCUGCUUAUCAGUGUAAUGACUUGCUUUGAAAUAUUGAGAGAUUGAUCUCAAGGCUCAUGACAUGAGAGGAAGUAGAGUGGUAGGGAAGAAUGCCCAUAACAUCCCAUUGUACUUUGCCUUAUCUAGUCAAAUUACUACUUCCCCAGCCAGCUCUUCCAUAUUAAUUCCAUAUGCUUUUAUCAUAACAUUCAUUUGUCAUAGCUCAUUGUCCAUUCAGAUAAUUGACAUCUCUGUUGUCCUCAUCAGUGACUUGUGUGCUUUGCUUGAUUAUAUUUGUCACAUAUCAGUACAAGUAAUAAAAUUUUGUCAGCAAGAUAAUUCUAAACUUAGCUAGAAUAUACAGGCCUUUCAGCAAACUACAUAUAUCUCAAGGAUUUCAGGCUUCUUUCUUCUUUUUUUUUUUUUCAAAUUUAGUAGAAAUUGGUCCCAAACAUAAGUAAUUACAUUUAAAUGUGCCUUGCUAUCUUGCUGAUGUGAUUUUUAUUUACUUUUA